UUGAUUCGCGCCGUGUACGAUCUGUAUCUAUUUUGCCGGGUUGUCAGUUGCUUUCUAUUCUCGAUAUUUCCGGACGUGCUUAUCCUGUUAGAGAGGUUACUUUUUUCGGUCGACUUGUAGAGCACCAUGAAAUCGCUUUCGAUCCUCCUGACUUGCGCUGUAUGCGCAUUUGCUUUCCCGGAGCCCCCUCGCGGUCGCAUUGCUCUGCCGGCCAAGCAGUUGCAGCUACCGGAACAUGAGUACGGAGCCCCGAAGACCGAAUACGGUCCACCAGCGCAAGAGUACGGACCACCGACUCCUGUCUAUGGACCCCCAGCAGCCGAAUACGGUCCUCCACCGAAGCUGGUAACUAAGAAUGUCUACGUCCACGUUCCACCGGAGGAACCCACCGAGAUCAUUCGAAGCCCGGUGCUGGAAACUCCCAUUCCCAAGAAACACUACAAGAUUAUCUUUAUCAAAGCUCCGGCUCCUCCUGCACCAAUCCAGCAACAAAUUCCGCCCCAACCACUAGACGAACACAAGACCUUGGUGUAUGUGUUGGUGAAGAAACCCGAGGAACCUGCACCGUUGGAAAUUCCGCAACCAGAGCCUACCGAACCUAGCAAGCCGGAAGUCUACUUCAUUAAGUAUAAAACCAACGAAAACAAAGAGCCAGCCAAAACUUACGGCCCUCCUGCCAACGCCUACGGCCCUCCAUCGCCCCCAUCCGGACCUGCUAGAUACCAGCAAUUCUAAAUCAACCUCAAAUGGUCUCAGAUUUGAUUGUAGGCUAUUGUUAUUUGUUACUUGUUGUUUAUUAGAUUCCAUUUUUAGUUAAGGUAGUAAGGUUAUUUGUAUUAGGUGAAACUACGCUGUUUUGAUUGGAUUCCUUCCACAAGCCCAUUCCAAUCCUCUCCAUAAUUUUGUAAAUAAGGACUGCCCCAUCUCCUGAAACAACAGGAAGGAAUUUCCACAAAUCAAACGUAACCCGACCUACUUCUGUACCUUGUCGUUUCACUUCCUACUGUAGAGACAAUAGUAAACUAGUAGCAAAAUCGUGAAAGAAGCACAGUGUUAUGCCGUCAUUCCCAGCAUUCCUUACUGUCUAUUCGCUAGAAUCAAUUGGAGGAAAAAGCUUGACUGUGUAAAUAUUGCUAUCGAUAGAAGGUCGGUGUACCCAACUAGAAUUAAACCGAGUCGAGUGUCCUGAUGGACGAGAGAAGAAACGAAAAUCAGAUGAAAUAACGAUUUGUCGAAACUAAAUACAUGGCUUACUAUGAUAUCUGUGUUUUUUUCCUGGUUUAGUUUGCCGGUUCGUAACCGGUCACAGGUUCUGAGAGCUUGGCAAGGAUGGAGUGCUACUACACACCGAAGGCAAUCUGAUUUAAAAAAGUCGGUCGGACAUUUGGUUGGCUGGAAGAGUCCCUGGUAUUUGAUUAUUUUUUAUGGUCGAUUCAACGACUGUUACGGGCGGCAGAAGCACUAUUGGAGACGAACAUUCGAAA